UGAGAGAUAUUUCGUCCAAAACACAACAAAACAGAGCAUUCCGGACUGUUCAGCAGUUCACACACCCAUCAUGUUCUUGUUGUUUUGCAGAAAACACAAAACACAUUCAUCGCCGCACAACGCAACCACUGUUCCUUCUAUUUCCCGAUAAGAAUCGACGAGUCCUCAUUACGUCUCCAAUACCCUGGGCCUCUCCAUUUGUUGGUGACGCAACUCAAUUUUUAGAUACGUAUAUUACCCUUCGUUGCCACGCAAGACUGGUCUCAAAGACCCAAUUUUCUCUCUGAAAAUGGCGUCUGUCUCUCAAUUCAUCAAUCAAUUCCCGUGCAAGACACCCUCAAAGACCCUACCGAAACCCCAAUUCACGUCGAGGCCGACGACUUUCUCUCUUAGUGUAAUCAAAACUACCGCCAUCGCCAGUAAUUCGUUCCUGAAAUCAGGGCUCGAAACGGUUCCGGCCAGACCCGCCUUCGUGGUCCGGGCCGUGGAUGAAGAUGAGUGGGGCCCAGAGAAGGACGGUCCUCCGGUGGCCGUUGCCGAGGUGGAGGAGAAGACGAAGGAGUUGAUGGAGAUCGAUAGCUUGAAGAAGGCGUUGGUGGACUCGUUUUAUGGGACUGAUCGUGGACUCAAAGCGAGUAGCGAGACGAGAGCGGAGAUUGUUGAGCUCAUCACGCAGCUCGAGGCCAAGAACCCGACUCCGGCACCUACCGAGGCACUGACUCUGCUUAAUGGCAAAUGGAUUCUCGCGUACACAUCAUUUUCCGGUUUGUUCCCCUUGUUGUCAAGGGGUACACUGCCAUUGGUGAAAGUGGACGAAAUAUCACAGAUAAUUGAUUCGGAGAACUUCACUGUCCAGAAUUCUGUCCAGUUUGCUGGUCCAUUGGCUACUACUUCCGUUCGUACUAAUGCCAAAUUUGAAGUCAGGAGCCCUAAGCGAGUGCAGAUCAAGUUUGAAGAAGGCAUCAUCGGAACUCCCCAAUUGACAGAAUCAAUAGAGAUACCUGAAAACGUGGAAUUCUUCGGACAAAAGAUUGACCUUACACCAUUCAAGGGCUUAAUCAGCUCUGUCCAGGACACAGCUUCAUCCGUUGUGAGGACCAUUUCCAGCCAACCACCUUUGAAAUUCUCUCUGUCGAACAGGAAUGCUGAAUCAUGGUUGCUAACCACAUACCUUGAUGAAGACCUUCGCAUUUCAAGGGGAGAUGCUGGCAGUGUGUUUGUUCUAAUUAAAGAAGGCAGCUCGCUCUUGAAGCCCUAAGCAAGCCUAAGCUCGCUCUUUGUUUGUAUGUUAAUAAUUUACUGCUUCACAGUAAGCAUACUUAUCUAUGUUAUGGCUUAUGUAUAUGAAUUUAAGAGUGUCAUGACAAUGUUAUCAAGAUUUGGCAAUAACAAACUUGUUUAUCAAGGAAUUACCUGUUUAA